CUUCGUUCAUCUGUUUUGCUGCAAGGCUGUAGUUCAUGGAGCUGCUAUUGCUAAAAAUGGUCUAGGUGUGAUUUUCUUCUUAACCCUGGGCCUAUUUGGUUCCUGAUUUCACGUUGUGUCCUGUCAUCACGGAGGUGUCAGAAGCUGAGCGAUUCCCAAGGGCAGUAUCUUAGUCUACUUGUUUGCUUGCCCAUCCAUGAGCCAUCCAUUUGGACCACUGGGCAGAGCAUAGGGGACAAAGUAUGGGACAGACCUGAGUUACCCGAUUUACCUGGCCUUUGUUUACCUCUUAUAGUCGCAUAGCAUGGGGGAAGGAUCUCCAGAGCUUGAGGGCAGAGAGCUGAUGGAACAGCUGAGAAGAAGGAGUUAAAUGGUUGAAUGGGGUCGGAUGAGGCAUCCAGCAGUGCCAUGGUGGUGUGUGGAGGGAGUCAGGUCAGGGAGGAGUGCUGGUGACUUGAGGGUCUGGAGGGAGGCACAGUUGUGUGGCUGUGAAAGGGAGAGGCUUAAAAGAGCUGUGUAAAGUACAGGAAAGACAGGCAACAGUGGGGAGGAAAACAGGUUUCUGUAGGGUCACUCACUGAAUUGUCUGUCUUCCCAGCUCAGGCUCCUUAGUUGGAACACUGGGUUGUGGGGAGCCUGGUCUAUACUGAAUUAUGUGCUUGAGCUUAAUUCCCCUCACUGGGGGCAGUGCUCUUGAGAAAGCAGCCAUGUGGUGACAUUCACAGAUCUAUCAGUGAAUUCUGAUUUUUUAUAAAAUUUAAAUAUAAACUCUUAUUAAGAUUUUUGGCAGAUUCCAGAGUGGUUUGGAGAAAUCUUGGAAGAACACAUCACUGGCAUUUUUCAAAGGGGAAUUUGGGGCCCCCACUUCACUCUGAGAAUGAGUUUCAGGGGAGUGACUUCUGGUCCUUUUAAAGUCCAGGAUCCUGGCUGGGACACUCCUGAUGGCAUUAGGAUGACACUCUUGACAUGAUGCCUGUAACUAUGUCUGCUUGUACAUGCCUUCCCUUCAGACGCCCAGCGGCAACAGGAUGAGUGCAGAGGCAAGUGUCCGGCCUCUGCGAGUGGGCUCCCGUGUGGAGGUGAUUGGAAAAGGCCACCGAGGCACUGUGGCUUAUGUUGGAGCCACACUCUUCGCCACUGGCAAAUGGGUAGGCGUGAUCCUGGAUGAAGCAAAGGGCAAGAAUGAUGGAACUGUCCAAGGCAGGAAGUACUUCACAUGUGAUGAAGGGCAUGGCAUCUUUGUGCGCCAGUCCCAGAUCCAGGUAUUUGAAGAUGGAGCAGAUACCACUUCCCCAGAGACACCUGAUUCUUCUGCCUCAAAGGUCCUCAAAAGAGAGGGAACUGAUGCAGCUGCAAAGACCAGCAAGCUGCCCACUCGCCCAGCUAGCACUGGAGUGGCUGGGGCCAGUAGCUCCCUGGGCCCCUCUGGCUCAGCAUCUGCAGGUGAGCUGAGCAGCAGUGAGCCCAGCACCCCAGCUCAGACUCCACUGGCAGCACCCAUCAUCCCCACACCGGCCCUCACCUCUCCUGGAGCAGCCCCCCCACUUCUUUCCCCCUCCAAGGAGGAGGAGGGGCUGCGGGCCCAGGUGCGGGACCUGGAGGAGAAGCUGGAGACCCUGCGUCUGAAACGGGCAGAAGACAAGGCAAAACUGAAAGAGCUGGAGAAACACAAGAUUCAGCUGGAGCAGGUGCAGGAAUGGAAGAGCAAAAUGCAGGAGCAGCAGGCGGACCUGCAGCGGCGCCUCAAGGAGGCGCGGAAGGAAGCCAAGGAGGCACUGGAGGCAAAGGAACGCUACAUGGAGGAGAUGGCUGACACUGCUGACGCCAUCGAGAUGGCCACUCUGGACAAGGAGAUGGCUGAAGAGCGGGCUGAGUCCUUGCAGCAGGAGGUGGAGGCACUGAAGGAGCGCGUGGAUGAGCUCACCACUGACUUGGAGAUCCUCAAGGCUGAGAUUGAAGAGAAGGGCUCAGAUGGGGCUGCAUCCAGUUACCAGCUCAAGCAGCUCGAGGAGCAGAAUGCCCGCCUAAAGGAUGCCCUGGUGAGGAUGCGGGAUCUUUCUUCCUCAGAGAAGCAGGAGCAUGUGAAGCUCCAGAAACUCAUGGAAAAGAAGAACCAAGAGUUGGAAGUUGUGAGGCAACAGCGGGAGCGUCUGCAGGAGGAGCUGAGCCAGGCAGAGAGCACCAUCGAUGAGCUCAAGGAGCAGGUGGAUGCUGCUUUGGGAGCUGAGGAGAUGGUGGAGAUGCUGACGGACCGGAACCUGAAUCUGGAAGAGAAAGUGCGGGAGUUGAGAGAGACCGUGGGGGACUUGGAAGCGAUGAACGAGAUGAACGAUGAGCUGCAGGAGAACGCGCGUGAGACAGAACUGGAGCUGCGGGAGCAGCUGGACAUGGCAGGUGCCCGGGUACGUGAGGCCCAGAAGCGUGUGGAGGCAGCCCAGGAGACAGUUGCAGACUACCAGCAAACCAUCAAGAAGUACCGCCAGCUGACCGCCCACCUACAGGAUGUGAAUCGGGAGCUGACAAAUCAGCAGGAAGCAUCUGUGGAAAGGCAGCAGCAGCCACCUCCGGAGACUUUUGACUUCAAAAUCAAGUUUGCUGAGACUAAGGCCCAUGCUAAGGCAAUUGAGAUGGAGUUGAGGCAGAUGGAGGUGGCCCAGGCCAACCGUCACAUGUCCCUGCUGACAGCCUUCAUGCCCGACAGCUUCCUUCGGCCAGGUGGGGACCAUGACUGUGUCCUGGUGCUGCUGCUCAUGCCCCGUCUCAUUUGCAAGGCAGAGCUGAUCCGGAAACAGGCCCAAGAGAAGUUUGAACUAAGUGAAAAGUGUUCAGAGCGGCCCGGACUGCGAGGAGCUGCAGGGGAGCAGCUCAGCUUUGCUGCUGGGCUGGUGUACUCGCUGAGCCUGCUGCAGGCCACACUGCACCGCUACGAGCAUGCCCUCUGUCAGUGCGGUGUGGACGUGUAUAAGAAGGUGGGCAGCCUGUACCCUGAGAUGAGUGCCCACGAGCGCUCCUUGGAUUUCCUCAUUGAGCUGCUGCACAAGGAUCAGCUGGACGAGACUGUCAAUGUGGAGCCUCUCACCAAGGCCAUCAAGUACUACCAGCAUCUGUAUAGCAUCCACCUUGCCGAACAGCCUGAGGACUGUACCAUGCAGCUGGCUGACCACAUUAAGUUCACCCAGAGUGCCCUAGACUGCAUGAGCGUGGAGGUGGGACGGCUGCGUGCCUUUUUGCAAGGUGGGCAGGAGGCUUCAGAUAUCGCCCUGCUGCUCCGGGACCUGGAAACAUCGUGCAGUGACAUCCGCCAGUUCUGUAAGAAGAUCCGAAGGCGAAUGCCGGGGACGGAUGCUCCUGGGAUCCCAGCUGCUCUGGCCUUUGGAGCACAGGUAUCUGACACGCUCCUAGACUGUAGGAAACACCUGACGUGGGUGGUGGCCGUGCUGCAGGAGGUGGCAGCCGCUGCCGCCCAGCUCAUUGCCCCGCUGGCGGAGAACGAGGGGCUGCCUGUAGCUGCCCUGGAGGAGCUGGCUUUCAAAGCAAACGAGCAGAUCUACGGGACCUCGUCCAGCAGCCCCUAUGAGUGCCUGCGCCAGUCGUGCACCAUCCUCAUCAGUACCAUGAACAAGCUGGCCACAGCCAUGCAGGAGGGGGAGUACGAUGCAGAGCGGCCCCCCAGCAAGCCUCCCCCGGUUGAGCUGCGGGCCGCCGCCCUUCGUGCCGAGAUCAUGGAUGCUGAAGGCCUGGGCUUGAAGCUCGAAGAUCGAGAGACGGUUAUCAAGGAGUUGAAGAAGUCACUCAAGAUCAAGGGAGAAGAACUGAGUGAGGCCAACGUGCGGCUCAGCCUCCUGGAGAGGAAGCUGGACAGUGCUGCCAAAGAUGCAGACGAGCGGAUUGAGAAGGUCCAGACUCGGCUGGAGGAGACGCAGGCGCUGCUGCGGAAGAAGGAGAAAGAGUUUGAAGAGACGAUGGAUGCUCUCCAGGCUGACAUCGACCAGCUGGAGGCAGAGAAGGCAGAGCUAAAGCAGCGGCUAAACAGCCAAUCCAAGCGUACCAUCGAGGGGCUCCGGGGGCCCCCUCCCUCGGGCAUUGCCACCCUUGUUUCUGGCGUCGCUGGUGCAGGACCCCCUGGGCAGCCUCUGGGCUCUGUGGCAGGCCCGGAGCUAGUGAAGGACUCACCACUGCUGCUUCAGCAAAUCUCUGCCAUGAGGCUGCACAUCUCCCAGCUCCAGCAUGAGAACAGCAUCCUCAAGGGAGCCCAGAUGAAGGCAGCCUUGUCAGCCCUACCCCCUCUGCAUGUGGCAAAGGUGUCACUCCCAUCUCGCGAGGGCCCUGGCAGUGAUGUAGCAGCUGGAGCAUUGUAUCAUAAGACUAGCCAGCUGCUGGAGACGUUGAAUCAGCUGAGCACGCACACCCACGUGGUAGACAUCACUCGCAGCAGCCCCGCUGCCAAGAGCCCGUCGGCCCAGCUCCUGGAGCAGGUGGCUCAGCUCAAGUCCCUGAGCGACACCAUCGAGAAGCUCAAGGAUGAGGUCUUCAGGGAGACAGUAUCUCAGCGCCCUGGAGCCACAGUCCCCACUGACUUUGCCACCUUCCCUUCCUCAGCCUUCCUCAGGGCCAAGGAGGAGCAGCAGGAAGACACAGUCUACGUGGGCAAAGUGACCUUCUCGUGUGCGGCUGGCCUUGGACAGCGACACCGGCUGGUGCUAACCCAGGAGCAGCUGUGCCAGCUUCACAGCCGCCUCAUCUCCUGAGCACUUCGGCCCCUGCUGUCCCCUUCUCAGCCCUCCUGGUGCCACUCUGCCCAGUGCACAGCCACCUCAGCCAGCCCCAGGUAGAACUAUGUGUCUCAAGCUGUUCCUGUCCCAUUUACCUUCACCCCAUCCUGGCAGUGCUCCUAUCCCAGGUUCCCCCAUUCCCUGGCUUCUGCCAGAAUUUGCUGUUCAGCUGCUCCCUCCUACCUGAGGGGCCUCAGGGCAUGUGGGGGGCAGGCUGAGGCCCCACCACCAAAGGUUGAGUGAGGUCCCCCUGACUGAGG